AUGGAAGCUGAGAAUUCUGUUCUGCCAAGUUCCUCUUCUCCUUUGUCUGAGCAUACUAUUUGGAAGAAGAUUUGGAAACUUGAAGUUCCUAAGAAGGUCUGUCAUUUCUUGUGGAGAGCAGCGAAAGAUUCUCUUCCUACCAAGCUAAAUUUGAGACUUCGGCAUAUUCGACUUGAUGAUACGUGUGAGGGAUGCAAUGACCAAUCGAAAUCUCUUUUGCAUUGUUUAUGGCUUUGUGAUCAAGCUCGGUCUGUGUGGAUGUCCGAUCCUGGGUUUUUGUUUCUCACUCAGAAGAAGUUUCGGUCUUUUCUGGAGGUUUUGGAGUCUCUGUUUAGUGCUGGUUCGAAUUUCAGGUGUGCUCAGUUUGCUAUGACUGCUUGGUGUUUGUGGGAGCAUCGGAAUCGUUUAAGAGUUCAUCAACGUACCUGGCAGCUUCACGAAAUUGGCGUUAGAGCUUUGGAACUGGUUCAGGAGUUCUGGGACGUUCACUGUAAGGAGGCGUCGAGCACUGUCCGUCCACCUCUUAUACGAUGGACUCCUCCACCUGCUAUGUGCUAUAAACUAAAUUUUGAUGCAGCACUUUUGGAUGGUUUCAACCAAGUUGGGUUAGGUGUGGUGUGUAGGGACUCUCAGGGUCAUGUGCUCACUGCCUUGAGUCAGAAAAUGGGGCCGGUCCAGUCUGUGGAGAUGGCAGAGGCGUUGGCUGCAAGACGAGCAAUUGUUUUUGCAAGGGAGCUGAGUUUUUUUGAAGUACAAAUUGAGGGUGACUGUCUUCGUAUUAUUCAGGCUUUGCAAGCUUUCGAUCGAUGUUAUACUCUCUAUGGCCAUAUUAUAGAUGAGACAAAACGGUUGGGAAGUCUGUUGCGGCGAUGUCAAUUUAAGCAUGUUAAACUGGAUGGGAAUAGGUUGGCUCAUGGCCUUGCUAGACGAGCGGCUUUAGCUGCAGAUACUGAUGUUUGGGUAGAAGAUUUACCUAGUGAUUUGGAUGUUGUAUUCCAAUCGGAUGUACCUUGA